UUAGAUGUCGUGCGCAUGAGAGAUGGGUGUUCCUCUUCCUCUCGAUAUUUUGAUCAAAUGACACAUUGGUUUCAUUCAAACAGAGGUUCUAUUAUGAUACGGCACCACUAUUCAACCAACCACAACCUCACAACUUGGUUUAACAAAUACGUAGACAAAACGAAUGUCUCCUCCUGGAACUCCGUCAUCGCCGACUUGGCUCGGGGCGGAGACUCCGUUGAAGCUCUUCGAGCCUUCUCGUCCAUGCGAAAGCUCUCUCUCAGACCGGACCGUUCCUCCUUCCCCUGCGCGAUCAAAUCCUGCUCCGCUUUGUUCGAUCUUCAUUCAGGCAAGCAAGCCCACCAGCAAGCUCUGGUGUUUGGAUUUGAUUCAGACAUCUUUGUGUCGUCGUCUCUCAUUGACAUGUACUCCAAGUGUGGGGAGUUGAGGGACGCAAGAGCUUUGUUCGAUGAAAUUCCUCGCAGAAAUGUGGUGUCUUGGACGUCCAUGAUCACUGGGUAUGUCCAAAACGACGACGCCCACGAGGCCUUAACUCUUUUUAAAAAAUUUUUGAUUGAGGAGAGUGAGAAUGGGAAAUAUGGUGAAGAUUAUAUUGAUUCGGUUGCUAUGAUCCCAGUUCUCUCUGCUUGUUCUCGUUUAUCCGUGAAGGGAAUUACGGAGGGGGUUCAUGGGUUUGUGGUAAAGAGGGGCUUUGAGGGGGAUUUGGGUGUUGGGAAUACUUUGAUGGAUGCGUAUGCCAAGGGCGGCGAGCUGGGAGUGUCUUUGAAGUUGUUUGACGGGAUGGCAGAGAAGGAUACGGUUUCUUGGAAUUCGAUAAUUGGGAUGUUUGCACAAAAUGGGUUGUUCGCAGAAGCUUUGGACGUUUUCAAUAGGAUGUUAAGGAAUGGUGGUGUCAGCCACAAUGCGGUGACAUUAUCGGCUGUGUUGUUGGCCUGUGCGAACUCGGGGGCUCUGCGAAUUGGGACAUGCAUACAUGACCAGGUUAUAAAAAGGGGAUUGGAGGAGAAUGUAUUUGUGGGUACCUCGGUUGUUGACAUGUAUAGCAAAUGUGGGAGAGUUGAAAUGGCGAGAAAUGCAUUUGAUUGCAUGAAGGAGAAGAAUGUAAAGUCAUGGACUGCCAUGAUUGCUGGUUAUGGAAUGCAUGGCCGAGCCAUAGAAGCUCUGGAAGUCUUCUAUAAGAUGACUACGGCUGGGGUCAAACCAAAUUAUGUCACUUUUAUCUCAGUUCUAGCUGCUUGCAGCCAUGCUAGUCUUUUAGGAGAAGGUUGGCAUUGGUUUAACUCCAUGAACCAUGAAUUUGGCAUAGAACCUGGGGUAGAGCACUAUGCAUGUAUGGUUGAUCUUCUAGGGCAUGCCGGCCAUCUCAACAUGGCUCAUGAUUUGAUCAAGGGAAUGAAGGUGAGACCUGACUCUGUGGUCUGGAGUUCCCUUCUUGGGGCUUGUAGAAUUCACAAAAACGUUGAGCUGGGUGAGGUCUCUGCUAGAAAAUUGUUUGAAUUAGAUCCAAUUAAUUAUGGUUAUCAUGUCUUGCUAAACAUAUAUGCUGAUGCUGGAAGGUGGGAAGACGUUGAGAGGAUGAAAAUACUUAUGAAGAAUGGUCAACUGGUCAAAUCACCUGGAUUCAGUUUGGUUGAGCUAAAAGGGAGAGUUCACGUAUUUUUGGUUGGAGAUAGAGAGCACCCACAACACGAGAAGAUUUAUGAGUACUUGGAAAAACUAACCAUGAAGAUGCAAGACUUUGGCUAUAUGCCUAAUAUCACAUCAGUUCCUCAUGACAUUGAUGAGGAAGAGAAGGUAAUGACGCUUCAAGUUCAUAGUGAGAAGCUGGCAGUUGCAUUUGCAAUUAUGAAUUCUGCUCCUGGCACAACAAUCCAGGUUGUUAAGAGUCUUAGAAUCUGUGGUGACUGUCACUCUGUGCUUAAGUUGAUUUCCAAGAUAGUUCACCGAGAAAUUGUGGUUCGAGAUUCAAAGCGAUUUCAUCAUUUCCACAAUGGCUUGUGUUCUUGUGGGGAUUAUUUGUGAUAUUUAUGAGAUUGAAAAGAAUGUUAAGAAUAUUACAUGCAGGCAAAUGCCCAUUUUUACUUGAUCAAGGGGCCUUGAAAAGAUAUUGUUGAAUGAUAGCAGGCACGUUUCUACCAGAAGUCUUGGAUAGUGAUUACAUAUUUGAAGACCCAUCCAGGUGCACCCCAGUGAUCAAAGAAUGGGCCUGGGAGAAGCUGUAGACCCUGACAUCUUGGGUUCACCUCACUAUAUUUUCCAUCACAUUACCUUAUACAUAGUCCUACCAUGUAAGGUUGUAUAUACGAGGUUUACUUCAUAGUAUUUGCAAUUUUUGAUCUUGCUGUAAUUAAGGAAGAGGUGCGGAGUUAAAUUGGAUUCCGGGUUCUUCUGUGGCUGAAUCUGAAGUCAAACUUGACAAUGUGGAAACUUGGGACCCUACCGCCCGUGCUUCGAUUGCAUUUAAGGGCAUGUUUUCCCAUUGAUCCAUCUGGCACAUGCAUGGCUUGGGCUAUCAGAAUAGCACCAACAUGGGGAGUGUGAAACAAUCUGCGGUUGUCCACUGCAAUGGGCUGUCAAACCAUGAUUGUAGAUUCGCUUUGAGCAUCUCCAACCAUAUUGGACCAAGUAUGUCAACUACUCCUAUGAUGUUUACCAGGAAUUUCCAUUUGCCACAUCUUGGAAUCGUAGUUUAAUCAUCUAGAGGAGCUAUGGACAAGAGGCGUAGGGCGGGAAAAGAUACUUGUGUUACAGGUACAAGUCUUUUGAGACUUGUCACUUGUGGCUUGAAAUUCUUUUCCGCAUUUAUUUGGGAGACAAUCAGAAAAUUGGCUGAAAAGGCCAACCUUUCAAUGCUAAGAUUUGCUCUCAUUGCAGAAGAGGAACAGAGUCACUGGCACAGCAUGAGAUUCAUUCUUCCAUUCUGUAACAUCGCAAUCCGACCUUUAUUUUUUGGUUAAGAAAAGGAAUGUAAAAAUGUGUAUACAUUGCAAAAGCUCAUUCUUGCCCUAUUGUAUUGAUUAUAUCAUUCAAAAGAAGCAAUUGCAUAAGCUCUUUAUUCUGUAAAA